AUCCCUGACCAUCUUCUACCAAGGGUUGCAAUUGUUGGAAGGCCAAACGUUGGUAAAUCAGCUCUGUUUAACCGUCUUGUUGGGGGUAACAAGGCCAUUGUAGUGGAUGAACCUGGGGUUACUAGGGAUCGCUUGUACGGUAGAUCCUUUUGGGGAGAGCAUGAAUUUAUGGUGGUGGAUACCGGAGGUGUUCUCACUGUUUCAAAAUCACAGGUUAAUGUUAUGGAAGAUUUGGCUAUCACAACAACCAUCGGUAUGGAUGGGAUUCCGCUUGCCACUAGGGAGGCAGCUGUUGCUAGGAUGCCCUCAAUGAUUGAGAGACAAGCUACAGCAGCUGUGGAAGAGUCAUCUGUCAUCAUAUUCCUUGUCGAUGGCCAGGCAGGUCUAACGGCAGCUGAUGUGGAGAUAGCUGACUGGCUACGUAAGCAUUACACGGAUAAGUUUAUCAUUCUUGCUGUGAACAAGUGUGAAUCUCCACGUAAAGGAAUUAUGCAAGUGUCAGAAUUUUGGUCCUUGGGGUUGUCACCAAUUGCCAUUUCUGCUGUAUCUGGGACUGGAACUGGAGAGCUUCUUGAUCUUGUUUGUUCGGGACUGGAAAAAAUUGAGGAUGUAGAAAAUCUCAAUGAAGAUGCAAAUUAUGUUCCUGCAAUUGCAAUUGUUGGCCGGCCAAAUGUUGGCAAAAGUAGCAUUUUGAAUGCUUUGGUUGGAGAGGAUAGAACGAUUGUUAGUCCUAUCAGUGGUACUACACGUGAUGCUAUUGAUACUGAGUUUGCAGGACCUGAUGGCCAGAAGUUCCGGCUUAUUGAUACUGCUGGUAUUAGAAGAAGGGCAGCCAUAGCCUCAUCUGGUAGUACCACAGAGGCUUUGUCAGUGAACCGAGCAUUUCGUGCCAUUCGUCGUUCUGAUGUUGUUGCUCUUGUCAUUGAGGCCUUGGCUUGUAUCACAGAACAGGAUUGCAGGAUUGCUGAAAGGAUUGAAAAAGAAGGAAAGGGUUGUCUGAUUGUUGUAAACAAAUGGGACACCAUACCAAAUAAAAACCAGCAGAGUGCAACAUACUAUGAGCAAGAUGUUAGAGAAAAGCUUCGUGCUCUUGAUUGGGCGCCUAUUGUUUAUUCAACUGCAGUAGCUGGUCAUAGUGUUGAUAAAAUCAUUGUUGCUGCCAGCACGGUUGAAAAGGAGAGAUCAAGAAGGCUAAGUACUGCGACAUUAAAUCAAGUGAUACAGGAAGCACUAGCUUUUAAGUCACCUCCUAGGACCCGAGGUGGCAAGAGAGGACGUAUAUAUUACUGCACUCAGGCUGCUAUCAGACCACCAACAUUUGUUUUCUUCGUAAAUGACGCAAAACUAUUCUCCGAGACUUACCGGCGUUACAUGGAAAAGCAACUUCGAAAAGAUGCAGGAUUUUCUGGUACACCAAUUCGACUUCUUUGGCGGAGCAGAAGAAAAAUGGAAAAAAAUGAAGGUAGGGCUGCAUCAAAAACAUGAGCAAAUCUUGCACCACGUGAUGGAAAAUUGACAUUAACAACAUGAUCCUAAACAAGAUUUUAUCGUCCCAAAAUUGAAUUCGACUUUGUGUUAGAAGAGUUUGUAGUUCUUUGAAGGUUCAUGCAAGUUUAGUUGAACAGGUUAAUUAGUUUUGUCAUCUCUUCUUGGUUGGAAAGUUUUAUAGUUUUUAUUUUAUUUUAUUUUAUUUUUUAUUUGUGUAUUAGUGUAUAGUAUGUAGUUGUGACUAUGAAUAUUUCGAGAGCUUGUAAUGUGUAACAUCUAAUGCUGAAAUUAAUU